CUUCCAUUUUGGUAGCUUCAACUCUGCAGCUGCUGUGUCUCUUCGUCGUCUGGGAAGAAACCUUUCACAUGAAGGGUUGCUGAUGCUGAUUUUCUUUCUCUCCCCUCUCCGGGUUGAUGAGCGCUCGGCUCCUGACGGAAGCGACCUGGCUCUCUGCUUGGUGGUGCAGAAGAAGUUGGGUCCCUAGAUUCCCCCCCCCCAACUCUCCAUUGAUGCGUUGAGCUCCCGAGGGAAUCAUACCUUCCCGUAAAGCAUGUUGCCUUCUCAAGGAGUCCUCCUGCAUCCCUAUGGCGUGCCUAUGAUUGUUCCAGCAGCCCCCUACUUCCCCGGACUGAUCCAGGGUAAUCAGGAAGCUGCCGCUGCCCCUGACACAAUGGCUCAGCCUUACGCUUCGGCUCAGUUUGCCCCCCCUCAGAACGGCAUCCCCGCGGAAUACACGGCCCCUCAUCCCCACCCCGCGCCAGAGUACACGGGCCAGACCACGGUCCCCGAGCACACGUUAAACCUGUAUCCUCCAGCCCAGUCGCACUCGGAGCAGAGCGCCGCGGACACGAGCGCGCACACCGUCUCGGGCACCGCCACACAGACAGAUGACGCGGCGCCAACGGAUGGCCAGCCCCAGACACAACCUUCCGAAAACACGGAAAACAAGUCCCAGCCCAAGAGGCUGCAUGUCUCCAACAUCCCCUUCCGGUUCCGAGAUCCCGACCUCCGACAAAUGUUUGGCCAAUUUGGUAAAAUCUUAGAUGUUGAAAUUAUUUUUAAUGAGCGAGGCUCAAAGGGAUUUGGUUUCGUAACUUUCGAAAAUAGUGCCGAUGCGGACAGGGCGAGGGAGAAAUUACACGGCACCGUGGUAGAGGGCCGUAAAAUCGAGGUAAAUAAUGCCACAGCACGUGUAAUGACAAAUAAAAAGACGGUCAACCCUUAUACAAAUGGCUGGAAAUUGAAUCCAGUUGUGGGUGCAGUCUACGGUCCCGAGUUCUAUGCAGGCACGGUGCUGUUGUGCCAGGCGAACCAGGAGGGAUCUUCCAUGUACAGUGCCCCCAGUUCACUUGUAUAUACUUCCGCAAUGCCCGGCUUCCCGUAUCCAGCCGCCACCGCCGCGGCCGCCUACCGAGGCGCGCACCUGCGAGGCCGUGGCCGCACCGUGUACAACACCUUCCGGGCCGCAGCGCCCCCGCCCCCGAUCCCGGCCUAUGGCGGAGUAGUGUAUCAAGAGCCUGUGUAUGGCAAUAAAUUGCUGCAGGGUGGUUAUGCUGCGUACCGCUACGCCCAGCCCACCCCCGCCACUGCCGCUGCCUACAGUGACAGUUACGGACGAGUUUAUGCUACCGACCCCUACCACCACACACUUGCUCCAGCCCCCACCUACGGCGUUGGUGCCAUGAAUGCUUUUGCACCCUUGACUGAUGCCAAGACUAGGAGCCAUGCUGAUGAUGUGGGUCUCGUUCUUUCUUCAUUGCAGGCCCAGGACAUUUGUCAGAAGGAAGCAAAAAAGUAGGUCCACCCUCGUCAUCCCCCCAAGAACAAAGUCCCCCCACCUCUGAAGCAGGGCCAGAAUGACACAGCCGAAAAAUUGCAGUUUGUCUACACUUCUUCCGUUUGAAGUCUUUUCAUGUUGUCCUGUUUACAAAGUUAAUCUAAGUUGGGGUAUCUGUCACGGAUCUUCCUGUUUUUUGUAUUGAAAUUAAAAACAAAAAAUCCCUGCAGCAAGCUGACCCCAGUAGUUUUGCUGCCGUAGUUGAAAAUUUCCGUGUGUCCAGUGCAGACCACAGGGUGUGCACUUUAGUAAGCUAUUGACUCACCGCUGUGAACCUGCCAAUCCGCUGUAACAACUCUGCUUUAAGACAAAAAAAAAAAAAAGAACAAAACGUUAAAAAAAAAAAAGGUGUUUGUGACCCAGCUUUUCUCUUGUCAUCCUAUGUGCAUGCAGUAAGAUCGGUUGGAUAUUAAACCAUCAAUAAAGUUUCGCAAGAUUUGAAAACCAAGUUUCUGUAGCUUCGCUAUCUAAGACAGACCACCGAGAUCUUGCAACAGAGAGAAACGGGGGAAAACUGCUUAGCAGCCAAAAGCAGAGGGGGGAAAAAAAAAUGCUCUUUUCAGCAGACAUCUUCAGGUGGGGGAGGGAGGGGCCAGGGGAUGUUUCCUGGCGUCACUGACAUGUCCUCAGCCCCUUACCUAGAAGACCAUGUUGUGACAACGGGUGCCUGGUUGAUGUUUUUUUGUUUGUUUUUUAAGGGAAACCAUGUAUGAAACUGUUACCACAUCCUACCCCGAAGGGGAAGCGAGGUAAAAGGAACAGAGGGCUCGGGAGAAAAAAAGCCAUGUCUCCCAUUUGCCUCAGAUUGCAAAAUCCAGACUGGGCAUUGUAUUUGGAAUCACAAACAUAGACUUCUUACUGUGUUGGGUCAAGUAAAAUUAAUUUGCAGUUUUGAUUUUCAUUGAUGAGCUGUACUUUCCCCCAUGAUUGUAUGUAGUUUUAAUAAAAUCAUUUAGAGCAAGUGGGUACCAACUGAUGUUGCAGAAUCUUUUGUCAGGCACUCUCCUCCAAGAGGCCAAUAAGUCAUUUUAAAAUGUAUGUCAGAGAUGUAAACAAACAUUUUGGAUUUUUUUAAACGGUAUUUAUUUGGAAUGUUUUCAUUUAUCUAAAUAACUAUUGCUAUUAUGAAUUAUGGAAACAAAGAUUACUAUCAUGUGUGGCAUAUAGUGACUUAACACACACAUCACGCAAUCUGCAAACCCAGAAAAUGUGUAUAUCUGUCUUUAGAAAUUAGUGUUUAUAUCACUUACAGUGGUUUGUGAAUAAAGAAAACUGGUUUGUAAUAUCAAAAAAUAAAAGCUUAGUCUGAA